UAGGUACUGUACACUAAGUGUAUAAUAGAGUUAAAUUACUGCAAACAGUGUAAAAGCUGUUUGCUAAAUUCGUUACUAUAUCCUGUUUUAAAAGAGAAGACACCACGGCUAGUGGCGACUGGUUUUUGUUUGACUGCGCGUAUCCCUCACUUGAUCCUUCUAAAUCACCUGUUGUGCUAGUAGGGUGAAUACCAUUUCUAUAACCGUCGGUGAUAGUUAUUUGUUUGACUGAUUAUUUUACAGAACGAUUCAAAUUCUAAUACAUUUUAUUUUUAAUACUCAAGUAUUAAUCCUAACACUAAUGUACGCAUUUAAUUGUUGUACGUACUCUAUAUGUGAUAUGUUUUCCUGAAUCUGGAAUCAUGCAUAUAAUUGAAUACUAUACUACAACACUACACCCACUGGCCAUUUCAUACGGUGUGAAGACAAUGAAGUAAUUAAUAACACAAUAGUGUUGUAGUCAGGGCAUAGAGCGUAGUUAACAUUACUAAUAUACUAUAAUAUACUAUUUUAAUCCAACCAUUAAAGUAUUGUCGCACGUCUCUUUUCGGGAAAGUCGAAACUCGAUGUCCACACAUAGUAUACCUGAAUACUAAAUUAUAUUAUUAUGAGACUCAAAAAUCCGUCUGUACACUGUACAGUACCUAAUAUUACCACCACCACGAAUAUCAUUUUUAAUGAUUAAAGCACAUCAGUGGUUCUCAAACUAAAAACAGCCACGUAGGCUAUUCUUGAGCAAUAGUUUCUCGUGAUUAAUUAUUUAUGUAUUCGUUUUAAAAAUCGAGUAAUUAUUAAACUCUCAAGUGUUUAUGGCUAAACGAAAGGACACUUGAGAAACAACUGCGGAGUACAGUUUGAAAAUUACUGGAUUAUAUAAAAGGGAGACCGUCGAAAUAAUUUGACAAACGGUUGUAGCGAGUUGUGAGUACAUAUAUUAUACCGGGGGUAACCAACCUGUGGCUCGCGAGCCGCAUGGGGCUCAUAUCAUGGUCAGAUUUGGCUGACGUUUGAUUUUUUAAAUUCAAAAUAUACUUAUUAUUUUUUUGGUAAAAAUUUAUCAAACUAUAUAAAAUGUAUUUAUAAAUAUUUUGGUUCUUGGCAGUUGGCAUGAUUAUACCUGUUCAAGUGGCUCGUGAACAAGUGCAUAUAUGUUGGUCACUCCUAGCUGAUAUAUUAUUAUACUAUAGUAACACAAAAAUCACAAAGACCUUGUAAAUAUUUUAAACACAAAAAACGCAAAGAGCCUAUAUAUGUAUUUUUAUUUUUUUUUUCAUAUUUUAGUAUGCUAAAUAUUAUAAUAAUAUUAUUUUACACAAGCUCGGAAUAGCGUGUAUUUUCGCACUAGAAUCGCGAUUAUACUCGAGAUGGCUAUAGGUAAACGGCAUGAAAUAUAAAGGGACAUCCGGCACGCGCGCAUGCGUUGCUAUAUGGAAUAAUAUGGGAAGCUACUCGCAGACCAUACACGGUCAUUUUUUAUGUAGAGGUAUAAGCAUUAAGCACUCUAGUUUAAUAGAACUGGUCUCCAAACUCCAUUCUGACAGGAAUUUUAUUAGACGCGGUUUUACAGAGGUAGAAGCAACAUCUCACGUCUCGCUACGCAGUAUUAUAUUAUUAUUUAAUUUGGUAUUGGUAAAUUUUUCAAUAAAUACAAAACAUUUAACAAUAUUCAUCGAGCCGUGUUAAUUACUCAAACCUCUUCCUUCGGCCUAUAACACGUUGGAGUUUGCAACACGGUUAAGGAUAUUUAUGACGAUCAGAAUCAGGUCGAGGCUCACCAGUUCGGUUACUACUAUUAUAAUUUUAUAUUUUAAGUAAAAAUUUUAAAUUAAGACAUCAAUAUUAAAGGAACGAACUACGCGUGACACUAUGGCCAAUGAGUAAGAUGGGCAUGCUUAACUUCUCUAUGCUAUAUGUGCUGAAUCGGCUAAAAAUAAAAUUGUUGAUCACAGAUUUCCCCACAAAACAAGAAUCGUCAACGAUGCAUAAUAAUAAUAAACCAUUCAUAAACAAUAUGCAUGUGGUCUAAACUCUAAGGUCUAAAGUCUAAAUGGCUUAUUUUAUAUAAUUAUCGUUCUUCCGGUGAUCACAACCCGUUGUCGCAACGCUAACUUCUAGAACCUAAUUCCAGUCUUAUACCUACGCUCACUCCUCAUAAUACUUAUAAUAUACUGCAUAUUAGCCAUGUACUUUAACUACAACAGGCACGGUGAAGUGGUGGUGUACGUAGAUGGUGCCUGUCGGAAUAACGGUACGCGAUGGGCCCAGGCUGGGGCUGGUGUUUGGUUCAAAAAUAAUCAUGAGCUGAACUUAUCAUCAACGGUGCCUGGUAUUCCGACUAACAACAAUGCUGAGAUAUUUGCUGCAGUUUUGGCUAUCAAAAUACUACUUAAGAACAAUGAAUAUCGUGCAGAAAUAAUAACUGAUUCAAAAUUUUUAUACGAUUGUAUGACAAGGUACAUUUUAAAAUGGAGAAACAAUGGUUGGAUGACUCAAAAAGGUAACAUAGUAGCCAACAAGUACAUGCUGCAAAAACUCGACAAUCACCAAAAUGUUAUGCAUAAAGUUAGAUUUACUCACAUACGAGGACAUAGUAAUAAUUUUGGCAAUCAGCAAGCGGAUAUGUUAGCCCGUAAAGCAGUAUAUCAUUAAACAGAAUUAAAAGUUCUGUACUCAUCAACGUCUCAAUAAAGUUGAAAUCCAGUAUAUUAUUAAGUUUUUAAUGUAAAAAAAUAACAUAUUUUUCAAAUGAUGUAUGUAUUAUGAUAUGGAAGUAUAAUAAUGGUAUAAUGACAAAUUGUUAUUAUAUUCAUAAUUUAGUGUUGUAGAAAAGUAAAGAGCUUAAUGUUUAAGUUUAAUACUAAUAUGAUAAUAUUUUUAUUUUUAUUUUUAUUUAAGGAAGAUAUAUUUUAUUUAAAUGUAAGAAACUAGUUUUUUUUAUUGUAACAUUAAUUAUAAAUUUGUAUGGUUUUUUAAAAUUAGUACUACAAAUAAUGUUCUAAUAUUUUAUGUAAUGAUACAUAUUAUUGAGUUCAUUGUAGUCAUGUGUUAACACUUGACUGAUCUAGAGUAGUUUGUUCUAAAAUUCAAUUGCCUAAUUUGAUUGAAUUUUGGUAGAAAAGUAUUAAUAAUUUAUGUACUUAAAUACAACUAAAAGGCUUGUAAAUGUAUGACUAUAGUUCAUAGUUAAAAGUUAAAUAUAAGUAUACCUAGUAUACCUAUGUAUUUCCUCUAUUACAUUUUUAUUUGAUACAUUUUUUUAUUGCCAUGCGACUAAUUGAAAUGUAUUAAACAUAUUAUACAAUUUAA